AUGGGUGACAAUGUGACAUUCAAUCUACUAAACCUCGCAUUGGUAGGACUAGGCCGAUCCGACCGUACGCAACCGGCGUUCAAGAUAAAACCGAGACACCACAACUAUCACACUGUCACAUUUUGGUUUUUUGGAAACAGCACCACGCAUCUUUUUGUGGAACAACCAUCAGCCGCCGCCCACCGACGAUCUUCACGGCACCGGUUCAACGACGUUAUCGCUUCCUUAUCGGAGCAAUCGGGGGGUUAUUCAGACAACUCUUUUUCAAUCUUACAAUUCAGAAGCUCAAGUACAACAGACAUGAGCCGUAGGAGAGGUGUUAGAUGGGAUGAAGCGAACCUUGGUGAAAUUGAAGCAAAUAAACCUGUAAGACAGAAAAUCACAGAACCCAAAACUCCAUAUCAUCCUAUGAUGCAUGAUACUGAUGGAUCUUUAUCUCCUAUUGGGAGCUCUGGUAGUUUCCUUGAAGGAGAUGAUAACAGCAACACCAAACUGAAUGCUGAAGCAAUCCGUUUAGCACUGAAUGAGAUGGCAUCUUCCAGUAGCAACAGUAACUCCCAUUCUGGAUGGACAUCUUCAGAUGAUGAAGAUGAAACAGAUGCCAUGGAUCAAGAUCAAGAUGAUGAAGGUGGGAAGAGUGCAAGAAGCUUUAGGGAGAAAAGAAGGGCACACUAUGAUGAAUAUCGCAAAGUGAAAGAGUUAGAGAAGAAGGAAUCAGUGAAAAAGGAAACAAAUGAGAAGCAAUCCAUUGUUGAUGAUUGUAGUGUUGUGUACACCAAUGAUAAGGCAUGUGAUGAUUAUGGAAAGGUGACUAGUAAAGUGUCUCACAAAAAAGAGAUCGUAUGGUGUGCAUGGGAUAGAGUGAUUGAUAUUCGUACACUGACAUACGCGUCUCUUAAUCGAUUGUUCGAUGAACAUGGCUCCUCCGCCGGUGGAGAGGAGCGGCGGAGACUUGUGGAUGAUAAAACGAUCGACGACGUGAUCUCUUGGAACGAAGACGGAUCUAGCUUUGUCGUUUGGAAUCCUACCGAAUUUGCCAAGGAUUUGCUACCGAAAUACUUCAAGCACAAUAAUUUCUCUAGCUUUGUCCGCCAGUUGAACACCUAUGGAUUCAGGAAGCUUGUACCAGAUCGAUGGGAAUUCUCAAACGAUUGCUUUCGUAGAGGUGAGAAACGUCUGUUAUGCGACAUACAACGUAGAAAGAUCGCAUCUGCUUCACCAGCACCAGCCGUUGCUGCUACUCCGGUGACGACCGUGGCGGCGUUAUCGCCUGUUCAUCCUGUAACCGUCUCUCCCAGCAAUUCAGGCGAAGAACAAGUAGUGUCGUCGAACUCAUCUCGAGGCGCUACAACUUAUUUAUCUCGAGAAACAACAGCUUCUGGUGGAACUAACGCGGAACUUAUUGAUGAAAACGAGAGGUUGAGGAAAGAGAACGUUCAACUCAACAAAGAAUUAAGUCAGAUGAAGAAUCUAUGCAACAGAAUAUACAUGAUGAUGUCAAAUUACGCCACCAAUUACAAUAACCCAUCGGAAGGCAACACCAAUACCUCACAACAACAGACGGCUACGGCGGAAACAACCACCGUGACGCCACUAAAUCUCUUGCCGCUAAAGCGUUUAUCAGAAGACCGUGAUGGCAGCGGUAGUCGUCGACGAUCACCAGAACCUGAGGAGGAUAUUAGUCCGAGAUUAUUCGGUGUUCCGAUAGGUGUGAAACGGGCGAGAGAGGGAAACGAUGGUGAAGCGGCGGAGCAACACCAUGAGCUGCAGCUGCAACAGCCGGGGGUCCACGUGAAAUUAGAGCCGUCGGAUGAUACCGCAAAGGGGGUCGGUAACGGUGUAGAUUGUAAGGAAUCCAGGUGGAUGAUGAAACACUGCCAGCGGUCGGAUCGGAAGGUGUUAUUAUGAUCCUGUUGGGUAUGGUGAUGGAAUCUAUCUUUGUCAUUGUCAUUGUGGGGUCAGGUACAAGAAACUUCUUAGGCAUAUUUUCAAAUAUAUCCUUCAUUAAAAAAUAGAUUUUCUAGAGCCUAGUAAUCAUCCCUAAACCAUAUCGAUAAAUAUCUCAUACAUUUGACAUUUUUAGCACAUGAUAUUUGUUAGGGACAAUAUUUGUAGUGUGAUAUUUACAGGUAGACAAGCUUGCGUUGAUAUGUGUAUGAAAAACUUGAAGAUGGUUUCUCUAUGUGAUAGAAAUGAUGUAUUAGUCGAGAACUAUUAUACAAGUCAAGACUAGUGUCUAAUUUCAAUGUUUCAUAUACUUUAUCAUAUAAUUGAGAAAAAAAGAAACAAAUGCAAAAAGAAUCAAGUCGUCGUAUGUAAAAAACGAUGAAUUAGCAAAUUACAUCAUUGUUACAAGAACCAAGCGCUCCAAAAGAGCAAAAGCUAUCAUCGAUUAAAAGAGACAAAAGAGGCGUGUCGUAGGGUAUUUCACCUCACAGCAAUCAUAUGAGUGCUAGGGACAAUUUUGAGUGAAAUGAAGUGAACUGAUAAUGAUUCCUCGAUGGCUUAUAACAAGAUGGAAGAGCUAUGAUCUUGAAUCAAUUGUGUUGUACUGAUAAGGUUAUGGUAUUAAGUUAAAUUGGGGUUUUGAAUGAUGGUUAUUGCAC